AUGGAGGAGCGGGACAGAAGCCGCUCCCCGUCCCGCAGGACCAGUCGGGUGGAGCAGGUGGUGGGGCGAUGGCUACGACGCUCCAGGGAUUCCAGCAGCAGAGAGCGUAUCCUGGUAGAUGGGAAGGCGGCUGCGGGGGGAGAGUCUAGCGGUCAGGACCAGAAGAACAGCUACCCGGUUAGACUGACCGUCCAGAUCCUACGAGACCCCCUCCUCAACACUCAUGGAAUCACCCUGACACCUCAGACACCCAUACUGGUGCAGGACAUCACCCCAGCGGGGCCGGCUGAUGGAAGGCUCGUCCCUGGCGACCAGGUCGUAAAGAUCAACAAUGUUGCCGUCGACGACCUUACCCCAGAGCAAGCGGCUGACCUCAUCAGGGAGUGUCAGCACUCUGUGAUGAUAACGGUCCUCAGAAACUCAGCGGGACCCAAGUCUUCCUUCAUCACCCCAGAGAAGAGAGCUAAACUCCGGUCCAACCCGGUCAAAGUUCGCUUUGCUGAGGAGGUUGAGGUCAAUAGUCACUCUCAGGGCAACUCGCUGCUCUUCCUCCCCAACGUUCUAAAGGUGUAUCUGGAGAACGGACAGACCAAGGCCUUCAAGUUUGAACCCAACACCACUGUCAAGGACAUAGUAAUGACCCUGAAGGAGAAACUGUCUCUGUCUCGUAUUGAACACUUCUCUUUGGUUCUGGAACAGAAGUACAGCAUCACUAAACUGCUGUUACUACAUGAAGAGGAGAGGAUACAACAGGUGGUUCAUCAGAAGGAAGUCCAUGACUACAGAUGUCUGUUCAGAGUGUGUUUUAUACCCAGAGAACCUGAGCACCUGUUACAAGACGACCCCACUGCCUUCCAGUACCUCUACCUGCAGGGUAUAAAUGACGUGCUACAGGAGCGUUUUGCAGUGGAGAUGCGUUGCAACACGGCCCUGCGUCUGGCAGCCCUGCACAUACAGGAGAGACUAGCCAGCUGUGGACAGUCACCUCGGACCAAACUCAAGAUCAUCACGAAGAGUUGGGGCAUUGAGAACUUUAUCUCUUCAACCCUCCUGAGGAACAUGAGGGAAAAGGAUCUGAGAAAGGCCAUUGGCUAUCACAUGAAGAAGAGCCAAUCACAGGAGCCAAAGCAGAAGGUGCUGUCGGCCAAUCAGGCGAAGAUUAACUACCUGGAGGAGCUGUGUGACCUCAAGUCCUUUGGCGGGAAGUCCUUCAGCGCCACCAUGAUGCUCCAGGACAGAGAGUCAAUGGUGACCCUGUUGGUGGGGUCGCGGUACGGUAUCAGUCAGGUGGUGAACCACAAACUGAGCAUCAUGACCACCCUCACAGAGUUCAGCAGUAUCACACGCAUAGAGCUGCUACCAGAGUCUGACCGCGUCAGUCUGGUCAAGAUAUAUCUACAGGACAUCAAGCCGAUCACCCUGUUGUUGGAGUCAGUAGCAGCUAAGGAACUGUCCUGUCUGGUGGCAGGGUACUGUCGUGCCCUAGUGGACCCCAGCCUCAUCAUCUUCCCCUGGACACAGGACGGCAAGCAGCACCGCGUGUCUGCCGAGGAGGGUUUCAUGUUGGGUGGCAGUGACUCGGACGAUUCCUCCGACAUGGAUAUGGACACUCUCAUCUCCCUUGUAUCCCAGAACAACAACAUCUCCAGUGACUCCUUGGAUGCUCUGGAGGAAGAUGACCUGAUCGCCUGCUCUUCCUCCCUCCCUCACCCUCACCCUCCCUUCCGCCUCACAGUGGAGCCCCCUCAUCCCCAGCCUCACCCACGAGAGGGUGCAUCCUCACCCCAAGGAGGGGCAGGAGAGUGGAAAGGAGAUAACCUGAACUACGCUGAGCUCUCUCUCAUGCUGGAGUACCUCCCCAGUCCUCCGGAGGCGAGUGACGAUGAGGAUGAGGAGGAGAAGAGGGAAGAGAGUAGGAGAAGUAAUGAAGGAACUGGACAGGAGGUAUUGUCUGUAUCCGGAUGUCCCCGGUCCUCCUCCUCCUCACUUAUGGACUGUGUGUUUACCUUCGAGCAGAGCGACGCGAGGCAUUACUACAAUAUCUGCCCUAAUGUUACCCCCGACAGCACCCGCAGCCUCACCCACCUUCACCCUGACACUGAGGAAGAGGAAGGUGGUGGUGAGGAGGAAGAGCAGGGGGCGCUCCUAACCUUGGAGCCCGUGCCCAUCCUCCAGCCGCCUCCAGGGUUCGGAGACAGCAGUUCUGACGAGGAAUUCUUUGAUGCGAGGGAUCGGAUCGCCUCGCCUGAAGACCCAACAUCAGGGACUGUGUCCAGAGAUUUUUCAACCGAGAUGACGAGUGGAAUGACGCAGCAAUCUGUGAGCCUGAGUGACAUCAGAUUCAGCCUGGCUGAAGGAACGAGGCAUGAAAGAGAGGCGGGUAGACAGGGAGAGACCAGCGAAGGAGGAGGAGGGAGAGACAUGUUCUCCAGGCUCUCUAGGAAAAGAUCGAAGAAACGUCGUUCCUUCAUGCAGACCGACUUCACCUCAACAGUCUCCUUCCCUGGACCGGACCAAAACCAGGGGCGGAACAGGAACCCAGAUCACCUUCCUGAUCAGUAUCUGGACCUGGCACAGAACCGGACAGAGAGCUCAGACGAAAGCCAGCAGCUGAGUCUGGACCCAGAACCAUCUGAGCAGUGCCAGAACCCAUGUCCUACUGUCUCCUCUCUGAGCCACGCCGAGGGUGAGGCGUCCCAGCUCGAGUCCAAGCCUAUCCUCGCCAAGCCCAGCCCAGAGGGGUCCCAUCGGGGACCUGGAGAGCCACGUGUGCUUGGUAACCCAAAGGGAAAUCCACGGGCGCCUGAUAACCCGAAGGGUGACCUCCAUAGGAGCUCCAGGAACAGGCGGCAGUCCAUGGAGACGGAGCCCGACAUGAUGGAGUCCAAAUCGGUCACGGCCCUGGUGACGGCAGCCUCCCUCUCCAUCACGGCUGUCCGCUGUAGAGUAGAACCAGACGGCAAGGAGAGCCCUGAUCGGAGAGGAGACGGGGAGGAGGGACACGGGGGUGAACAAGGCGUGGCUGGUGGUGAGGAGAGCGUGACUCCCCUUUCUGAGCCUCCUCCCCCCACCUCUCCACUGCCACCCUUCCCAGCCCCCUCCAUCCCCCACACGGAGAGGGCAGAGAGGGAUAGCAAGGAUGGGAAUGUGGGGUCUCAACCCAAACUUUUCACACUCUCAGACGGAGAGAAGGACAUUAGCUGCUUGACUCAAGUCCAUAGAAAACUCUCUAUCAGUCACCAAGACCUGACAAGCCAAAGGAAAGCAGAAAUUGACAAUGAUGAAGCUAUAGAUAGCACUAAUUCUGUUACUGAUAACACUGAUGUUGCUACGGCUAUCAUUGCAGAUACAGGCAACAUUCAUUCUGUCAUGGCUAACACUGAGACUACAGUUGACUCUGAUUUAGCCACUGCUAAUCACAAAGAUACAAACAGCAUCAAAUCUGUUCCAGCUAACACUAUAGCUUAUGCCGAUUUUGCUACGACAAACAAUGAAGCUAAUGCUAUAAUUAAUUCCCUUACAACUAGCAAUGAUUCUACAGGUAAUGCUAACUUAGCUAUGACUAAUGCUAAUUCAGCUAAUGCCAACUCAGCUAUGGCUAACAUUCCCAAAGAGUCUCCCAUAUCACCUACAACAGGCUUACUCCUCCGGCCUUGCUCACCGGGCAUCAUCGGGCAAAGCCUCUCGGCCUCCACAUUACGGGGGAAGAUCCAGAGCCUGCCCCUCUAUUUAUCUCGCUCCCAGGAAACUCUCACCCUCUCUGGGGUGGCAAGCCCCAACAGGAGCUCCUCUCCGGAGACCACCAGCAACGAGACUGAGGUAAUGGUCACCACCGAAACCACCAAGUACGACGAUGUCACAAAGGUGGCAACAGGGGAGGAUUUGAAAGAUUCCGGGGUGGCGUUGGUAGAAUCGGAUGAUUCUGAGGUUACACUGACAGAAUCGGAGGUUGGCGAGGUUGUUGUGGAGACGGCCGAGGCGGAAAUCACGAGGUUGACGGUUUCAGAGGUCAAGGAGGUGAUCGAGAAGGUUGUGAUGGUCUACGGAUCCCCCCUUCCUCCCCCUUCAGCACCCAUCUCUCUAGAGUCCAAACCAGAUCCCAAAAUGGUUGUCAAGUUGCCUACCUGUCCCAUUGCUACAGUGGAAACUGCCCCUCCUAUGGCUCCAGCACCUAUCUGUCUGGAGCCCAAACCAGUCCCUGAACUACUCUCCCCAGGCUCCACUAUCCACAAAAUGGCCGCCCCAUUACCUUCCUGUCCUUCCUUUCCCGUGUCCAUACGCGUAGAGCCCAAACCAGACCAUGAACCACUAUCCAUACGCUCCGAAAUGGCCGCCUUGUCAUCUUCUUAUCCCCCUGCUUUAGUGGUAACCACAGAGAGUCUGAAUUCCUCUUCUUCUAAUCCUCACCCCAUCAGAGUAGAACCCAAGCCAGAGCCUUGCCUUGAACCCCUUUCAGGCCCCAAAAUGUCUGCUCCGUUGUCUUCCUGCCCCUCUGCUUUAGUGGUGACCACACAGAGUCUGAACGGACCGGGGCUCAGCUUCCCUGGUUCUAACAUGAGAGGACAGCCAUUUGGGAGCAACAGCUUCUGUAAACCCCCAGGUGAGGAGGCAGGCCUGCUGAACACUCUGACUACAGGGUGUGGGGUCUUCACCUCCACCUGUGAGACCCAGCCCAACCAGGCCCACAUGGAAUCCUAUUCGCCGGCCAAGCCUGACUUUGGGUGUAGCUCGGUGCUGGCGUCAGGGUGCGAGACGGUCCUGGAGGGGGUGCAGAUGCCCCUGGAGGGGGUGCAGACACCCCUGGAGGCAUGCAGGUGUCCACCACCGCUGGUUUAUACCAACUGUUUCAGCGGGGGUGACAGCUUCGACGAUGAGUUGACAGUUUACGAGUUCUCCUGUCGGACAAGUUCUCCUCCUGCCUCCCAACCCUCUUCCUCUGCACUGGCCCUCCCUCUCACGACCUCUACUCCUCUCUCCUCUUUCCUCUCCUCCUCCCCUCCCUCCUCCCUCCUCUCUCCCUCCUUCCCUCGCUCCGUCCUGCCCCCCUCCUCCUCCAUGGAGCUCUCACCACUCCUCUCCCCGCUCCUCUCCCCGUCCAACUGCUUCUUGUCCCAUACAAGUCUCCAUGAUGAUAUCAGCCGACUAUGCCACCGCCGCUUCCCACCGCCCCCCGCAGGGUUCCAGACCGUCCGGAGCGACGUGGACGAGCUUCUCACCCUCCUGCAGGGGGGGAGGAUGGGGAGCAGAGGGGGGAGGCACCCCAGGGAGACCUGCGCCACCCACUUCUCAGAGAACAAGCGUCUUCUCCACGGGGAGGCCCGGAGGCUGAUGGCUGGCUGUCAGAAGGUGGUUCGGGUGGGGCAGACCCCAGACGAGAUGCUCUUCUCCCUCUCCGACAGCUUCAGGACCCUGGUGGGCAUGGCCGGCAUGUGCUUAUGGUUCUCUGGGUGCGACCGGUGUGACCGAAGGAAUGCCGAGGCACUGGCGGGGCUGGCGGACGUGGCCAGAACGUACCGGGAGUUUGUGCUGGCGGCGGAGAGGGCGAGCGGGAGGCGGAGCUGUCAUGACCUCAGCACCAAGCUCCUUGCCAAGCAGUGUACCGCCCUCACUGCUUCCGUCUUCUGCCUCACACAGCUGUUCCGCACACUCACCGCGCUCUGAACUGAACCAACGAUCUCUGACCCCUAUAACAACCUGUAGGUUGACCUUUCAAUUCUGACCUCUAGACCCACUACACAGGGUUGCCAUCCAAUCAGUCAGUCACCAGGCUGAGUGGGGAAUGAAUGUGUGAACUGCAACAGGUCCACGUAGUGACACAAACAAAGUAGAAGCACAAUUGAAAGGAGAGAGAGAUGAGACAAGACGGGAUGAAACAAGACAGUUCUAGUGUCCUGUGACAUCAUGGAGAGCCUCUGUGGCAUCAUAUAAAUAAGGAACCUCUAUGACAUCACAAAGUGCCUGUGUGACAUCACAGAGAACAUGUGACACGCUGGAAGACAUAAAAGUGAUGUCAUAACAGGUCCCAAAUGACUGUUCAGCUUUUUUAACAGUAACCUACAGUACACUGUGCUGAAACCACACGAGGGACAAACUGGACAUACGGAGCAUCAUCACCACACUGCAAGAAGCCUCACGCAAUGACAAUCUCCAGACUCAGAGCCAACCUGCUUGCGUUAAUAGAGUAUUUAAGUAACUAUUAUAUUUGAAUGUCAAUUAUUUAUUUGUUUUCAUUCAUAAUUUAUUUGUUUUGAUUCAUUAUUUAUUUGUGUUGUCACUUUGAUUAUUGAUUCUGUAUGGUAUUGGUGUGGGGUGUGAGAAAGAGGAAUGUGGAGGGGUGUGUUUACAGAAAAGAGGAUCUAUGUAUCUAUACACACACACACACUCCAGAGUUGGCUGAAAGGUACAGGCAUGUUUAUUGUGUUAUUAUUUGGCUGAUCAGUCAGUGGAAGGUUUUAUUUGAUACUUCUAUACUUUUAAUACAGAUUUCUGACAACUACUGAUACUCUGUUUUCCUUUCUCUCUCUCUCUCUCUCUCUCUCUCUCUCUCUCUCUCUCUCUCUCUCUCU